CCUUAGACACAGCACAUGCUGCUCUCUAAGCAUUUGCAUCUGUGGCAAUGCAGGAUACAGGCUCCCUGACUCACUGUCAUAUCUGGAGUCAAAGUGAGGAAACAGUUUGUUAGGGAAGGAAACGCUGAAGCCAGAAGGAAAGCACAAUUUGCUACAAGUCUGUAGAGCUUUUUACUGAACCUCUCUGUUACAUUUUUGAGGCAGAGGUUUAGAUUUCUAACAGCUGCCGAAUAUUUUAUUAUUACUUUAGAAACACCCAAGUUUAAAGACUUUGUUAAUCAGCGGAAACUCAACCCUCACCUGGAUAACACCCUCUAGAUUUGGACUUUCACACGGAGAGAACAUAAAUCAAGAGGAAAUUCUUGAAAUUUUCUUCAGCUGCUACCACCUUCAAACAACCAGAGCGCAGAUCCUCAGGCCUAACUCGCAAACACACCACAGAGACGAUGAGUCUGUCACAGAAUGGGACACUUGAGAAGGCGGUGUGUGAAAAGGCCCACUCUGAAGCACGAUCAGCUUCCAGAGCGGGGUCAGGGGUCGUGGUGCCACCUCCAUACUCCCUGGGUGGCGAAGCCGCAGACAGCCCCCUGGAGCUGAGGGGCUCUCUUGACUGCUGGGCGUGCUCUGUGCUGGUCACUGCACAGAAUCUAAUCAUUGCACUGAUCAACGGGGGGCUGGCCAGUAUUGUGUUCGGCGUCAUCCUCACCCCUGCUCUCGUCAUGAUCACUUUUGGCUUCCUCUGCCACUCCACAGUGCAGCCCCAUGGGACAUCUCUGUACUGUUCAGAUCUGCUGGACGACGCCAGCUGUGUGGCUUUGCUGGUGGUAGGCUUUCUGCUGCUGACCCCUCUGCUGGUUUUGGCCCUCGCUGCCUACUGCCGCUUAGCCCGUCACCUCCAGCUCAGCAUGUGCUUCAUCCCCUACAGCCGCGCCGUUUACAAGAACCUGCCUACCUCACGGCGCCGGGGGCCCGGUACUGCAGGCUGCUGUGGUCAGCAAGGAGCAAAGGAGAGGGAGGGGAAGGGUAGCAUUUGGGUGUAGGAGAGAUGAAAGGAGGAUUGUACAUGGUUCUGGUAUGUAGUUUAGUUUGUUUGUAAAGCAAGUCAUCACAUGUUAAAAAGCAUCAUUUUAUCUUUUCUAUUGAUUGUUUAGAACUGUUGGGUGACAUAUAAAUGUGCUAUAUAUUGGUCGUGUUACUUUUUGUAUGCUCUUUCAAUGUAUUGGGUCUAUUUUUUUUUUUUUUUUUACAUUUUUACAAUAA